UUUGCAUCGCUGACUUGUACAUAUCGAUGUACGAAUAUCGAGUCGCUCGAUCGGCUAGGCCUGGUUCAAGAUGGGACUUGAGUUCCAGUCAAAGAAAAGAAUUCGAGUAUAUGUAUAGUACAGUAUGUUGUAUAUGCAUGUUAGAGGACGAGUCUACCUAGGUCUGAGUUUUGUACUCAAGCACCACAUAUGCGCGUCAUACAUUGUUCAUGUUGUGGGAGUACGAGCGAGAGACGAGAAAGACGAAGGAGUAGAGCAAAUUCGUACUUGCAUAUGAAGAGGAUGAUCAUGAGGUGAGAGUAGAAGCGGGCGAUUUUCCGACUUCAUCUCCAGUUCUACCUGUGGGAGGUUACAGACUGUGUAGUGUACAACCAUGAAGAAGCCUCGCUAACCCGUAGUAGAGAAUAGUACGUCGGCGGGCAAGAAGCCUUCACCUCCUUUGGUGCCUGGAACCCAAUUUCGGGUCGUCCUCCUUUAGCAGCCCAAGGCAAAGGUGAGCCAGUCAACCGAACGACCGACCGUACGUCCGUACUGACGAAAUAGAGAGUGGAGGCGUUCGUUGGUUGAGGUAAUUGAGAAAAGACGACGUUCAACUGGUUCAACUAAUCUUGGGGAUUGUGAACCCAUGAAUGCGACAACCUAAGAUUCCUCAUCAUGGAUAGUGCUCACAGUGAUGUCUUAGUGUGUGCUUCGGAGUAUAUCCCGGAAAGGUUGUACUUUGUGACCCUCAAGACCGACGUCAAGCCCAAAUCCACACCCAACACACACUAUUUCUCCAUCGACGAUGAGCUGAUCUACGAGAAUUUCUACUCAGACUUCGGUCCCCUCAAUCUUGCCUUACUUUACCGAUAUUGUUCCAAGCUAAACAAGAAGCUCCAUGCUCAAACCUUGGCUCGCAAGAAAAUUGUGCAUUAUACCACCUUAGACGCUAAGAAACGUGCCAAUGCGGCUUUUCUCAUUGCUAGUUAUGCUGUCAUCUACCUUGAGAAGACCCCCGAAGAGGCUCAAAAGCCUUUAACUGGAGGCCUUAACCCUCCAUUUGUGCCUUUCAGAGAUGCCUCUUACGGCGUAGCUGUGUACACGAUCACUCUUAAGAGUUGUCUUGAUGCAAUUUUGAAGGCCAAACAAGCUCAUUUCUUUGACUUUGACGAUUUCGAUUGUGAAGAGUAUGAGCACUUUGAAAGAGUGCAGAAUGGAGAUUUCAAUUGGUUGGUACCGCAAAAAUUCCUUGCAUUUUGUGGUCCUCAUUCCCACAGCCGGGUGUAUCAGGGCUAUCCAUAUCAUUCCCCAGAAUCUUAUUUCAACUACUUUCGUCUUCAUCAUGUGACUACUAUAGUCCGCCUCAAUAAGAAGAUUUAUGAUGCCCAGAGAUUCGUGCGGGGCGGCUUUCAGCACGAGGAUCUGUUUUUCAUCGAUGGAAGCACCCCUUCAGAUGAGAUUUUGGCAGAUUUCAUCCGAAUCUGCGAGAGUGCCAAAGGAGGUAUUGCUGUGCACUGUAAAGCUGGUCUUGGCCGAACAGGAUCACUCAUCGGAUGUUACAUUAUGAAACACUGGCGAUGGACCGCCAUGGAAGUGAUCGCUUGGCUCCGGAUUUGCCGUCCCGGUUCCAUUAUCGGUCAUCAACAAGAUUGGUUAGAGGAGAAACAGGCGGAGAUGUGGCUGCAGGGAGACCAGUUCAGGCGGCACAACAAAGACAAAGUGCUAUUGGAUAAGCCAUGCAAAUAUCCAAUCUACAGUCUUAGGUUAAAGGAGAUAUACCAGAGAGAAAUGGCCAAGAGAAACGGGACCGCCGACAACUACUCCCGGAUGGUGAAUAAAGUCGAAAGAAUUAACAUCCAAGAUGACGACAAUGGGAACAAUCCCCUAUCUCAGAACACACCCGCGUCUUCAAACUCUUUGGUGGACGAGGAGAUUGAGAACGAAAUCAACGACGAGAAAAUCAAAGAACUAGUGGAGGACGAAUCCAAUGGAAACAUUCCUAAUCACAGCUCUUCUAAGGUAGCUCUCACUCAAGGGGACAAACUGAAUCAGAUCAAGGCUCGGAAACACACGCAAUCCCUUGGUCCCGUGAGUGUAGAGAAUCUCAAAGCCCAUCAUGCUCGCGUCAAAUCGGUCCCAUCUGGAGUCAAAAAUGGAACUUUGCCUGGAGGUUUGAAUGCCAAUCAUACAAAUGCAACGGGUGUGCCAUCUCGACCCGUCACACGGCUCGCCUCCAGAUCAAAAGGGAAACUAGACCAACCUUCCAAGAACACUACUUCUGCCAGUAGUCCUCGUAAAACGAGUGCUGUCAGAUGACUGCACGCCGUGGUCGGAGUCGUCACCUCCAAUGCCAACGGAGGUGACGAUCAUCCGACCACCACCUCCUCAUCUCUGUCAUCUAUCCCGGGUCCGUCCCAUCAGAGCGAUGGAUCAUUCUCUUCCAUGAGUAACAACAACAACAAUAAUAAUAAUAAUAACAGCAGUCACCACCACCACCAACACAAUGUGAACAACAACUUGACAGCCAAAUCCAGCCCCGAGCUUUCCCCUUAUGUGGUGUCAUUGAGGAGCGGACAACCGGUCACGCCCGUCAACUCAGCAACUAAAUCGAGAGUGACUCGAAAUCAUCUCUUGCCCCCAAUUGCCGGCGAUACACGACGCUCGAGCAAAAGUGGAUCUUCAAAGUCUCGGAGUCACACCCAUAGAUCGUUGAAGUCGAGUUCUCGUCAUGGAACUGCCAUCAAACGCUCGCACAGUGCCAGUCACAACUCCACGCCCAUAGAUUCGAUACCUUCUUCACCGGCACGAAAACAUCGACAAGGUGGGUACGCUCAUACCGCUUCCGUUCAUAGAGGUAUGAUUGGCUCACCGGAGAAAUCAGUCAGAAGUCGCCAAAUCAACAAGAUCGAGACUGUGCGAAUUCUUCGUGCACGACCUUUGUUUUAUCCCGUGAUCAAAGACAAACCUUGUGCCACACCAACUUCGCUGAUGCCACCACACAGUUCGAUUCCUCGGAACCGGACAAGUCGAUCGAAUUCGGCCACUCCCUCUCCUCAUUUGAUUGGUCUCGAGCUCCCAGAGAACUUGAUAACCACCUCUAAACCGUUGCACCCGGGCCGUCCAGAGGCCAAAAGGAAAAGGCGAGGGAUAAAAACAAGCCAGACCCAUUCAUCUUCAUCGACCUCUAAAUCAGAUUCGACAGCAAUAACUCUUUAGAAAAAUCAGUUACUUCGAAAAGAAGCCCCUACACGAAACGUCACUACGUGCCAAACCCUCGUACUCAAGAUGGUUCUCUCAAUUGAAUUCAAAGAUAUCCCAAGGGUUCGUUCCCAUUUCGAUCAGCAUUAAUCACCCCAGGAACUAUAUACCUGAUACCAUUGUACCCAAGUAGGCGACACUUAUCUCGAAAACACUCUUUUUGUCUUCCUCAUCCAUAAAAUCUUGAUGAAUGUUUCCUCACUAGGAAGCCUUUAAUGAUAAAAGAAAAACAGUGUUAGAGGUGCCCUUUCAGAGAUGGCAAAUUUCCUAACCUGAUAUCUGUCCAGUACUUCAUCUUCGAACAAUCAAAUUCUCAAAGAAUAUUGCACAUUGAUAGAUUGAACCCAAAAGAUUGGCCACGUAAGUAGCAAUGUGUUACUAUUGCAAAAUGCUCUUGCCGCCCGACUUUGUACAUUUUGACUACCAUUACAGUAAUAACUCCAACAGAAUGCAUCCCUAUAUACUUAAAAAGAAUUCUCUGCUAAAAAGUGUACCUUAAAAAAACAAAUUGAAAUUAGAAACACUUUAUUUGUUUUCUCAUACGUUGCGAUCUCAAAAGCGCAUUUAUUUGUAUAUCAAUACUAUGAAACACUACCAUUUCCAUUACCUUGUACUAUCAUUAUUGCUGCUCUUCUUCUCACGCUACUGCUAUUUCUACUAUUGAUAAUACUGCUUCAUUCCCUCAACAAUUAAUUACUCCGUACAUUUGGCAUGUCAAUACUAAGGAAUACUAUGAGAAAGAUAUCGUAAAUAUAACCAAAUUUAAGUCAG